UGAGAACACACAAUGUUACAUUCACUCCUGAGGAGUGGGAUUGUCAUCAAAGAUCCGCCAAAUUCCUAUUGAAAUUCUAAAGGUGAUUGGCUACGCUUUGUGAGGGUGAUUUCACUGACGCUUUCGGUUUGGAAGAAUAAAUUGAGCGAACAAGGCUCCUUCCAGUUCACAAGUCUGAGAAGACGCAUGAAGAAGUUCUUGCUUCAACAGUGAUUGAACGGAACUCCUCUGCCUUCGUCCCGCAUUAAAGAAGAUUCCGGAUUGAUAACAUAACACUUACUUGAACUAUAAUAGCAAGGUAUUCGAAUAAACCCUUUUUUUUGUACCGUUCAUUUAGAUAUAAGAUAAUCUGCCAAAAUGGAGUCUCAGAUCCGCCAGAACUAUCACCACGAUUGCGAAGCUGCCAUCAUCCGGAUGAUCAAUUUGGAGAUGUUUGCCUCCUACACCUACACUUCAAUGGCUUUCUAUUUCUCCCGUGACGAUGUGGUUCUGCCUGGCUUCGCGCAUUUCUUCAAGGAGAACAGCGAUGAGGAGCGGGAGCACGCGGAGAAGCUACUCUCCUUCCAGAACAAGAGAGGUGGACGCAUUUUACUCCAGGACAUCAAGAAGCCAGAACGUGAUGAGUGGGGCAAUGGGCUGGAGGCCAUGCAGUGUGCUCUGCACCUGGAGAAGAAUGUGAACCAAGCCCUGCUGGACCUGCACAAGAUUGCCUCUGACAAGGUUGACCCCCAUCUGUGUGACUUCCUGGAGACCCAUUACCUUAAUGAGCAGGUGGAGGCCAUUAAGAAGCUGGGAGACCACAUCACCAACCUCACCAAGAUGGAUGCUGUCAAAAACAAGAUGGCAGAGUACCUGUUUGACAAGCACACCCUGGGAGGCCAGAGCUAAACCACUUCCAUCCCCAGGCUAUGGCCUCCAGCCUCAGACCAGGACUCCUGGCUUCUCUGAUAGAUCCUACUGGCUUUACAUUUAUAGGGAGGGGAGAGUGUUGAACUGGUGCAGUGCAACACAGCUGUAACAUUGAGAUGUUUCUGUUGACAACACUAUUGUAUUUUGGAGGCAAGGCAUCUUGUAAAACAAUUAAAAAGAUCACAUGUUUUUGUUGCUUUUUAAGUGUUCACCUGUAGUAAUGAUUCAGUCUAUUCAGGUGCUUUGCUCUGUCUUACUGAGCAUCUUCAUACCAGUGAUAAAUACUGACAAUUGUAGACCUACUAGUGGCUGAGGGUCAUAACAAUAGGAGAAGUUUAAGAAAGGAUGUUACGUCUGACCACA